UUGGAUACAGAGUCGGUGAAUGGCGAGGGUGUCUUCUUCCCUCGUUGUACUCAGCUGAGAGGGCAUGAGAGGGAUGGUUCGUGUUUGUACGUUGAUAGUGAGGAGGUGAUGGUGGGUUGAGUUUCCUCCGGGUUCCCGUUGGUGCAGUAUUAUCGGGCCUCCUUCAAGGCUGAAAUAUACAAUCUAUGCACUACCGGGAGUUUGAAAUGGACAACGCAGUAGGUGGCGACUUGCCACAUACCCCUCCAAAGGAGACUAGAGCUGGUGUAGCGGAAAGAUGGAUUACCUCUCAAGCCAGCACAACGGCAACCUUCUCUCAGAGCAGCUCCGCAAAAUCUUCCUCCGUGGAGAACUCGCCCAAGACGUCGUCUUCGUCGUGUGCAAACAAGAUACCUCCACCUGUGUCCUUAGAUCCACCAGGACAAACACAGCCUUCCAUUUCCGCUGGAUCUCUUUAUAAUUUCUCCUCUUCUGCUGGAGAGUCCUCAUCUAUGGGGCCCUUGUCCAAUUUUGCAGGUCCAUAUCUGCAUUCUUUUUCUUCAAACAUCCACAGCGGGUCCAUAUCCUCAAGUUUUGACUUUGGAUUUGGUAUGCUCAAUUCGUCUCCUAACACACUCUCGACAUCAAGGAUGUUAUCGCCACAGCACAGCUUACAAUCACCAAGUCAUAUUGGUCAAAACUUGACCCUGAAGCCCACCAAAUCAAAAAUUCCUGGGAACACGAAUCUGCCAAAUGGCUUGACCAAGCACCACCAACAUUAUCGUGGAGAACCGAAGGAUGGAUUUAAGGACUCCCUUCAUGAUAUUUUUGCAGAAAACAUUUAUCCUUCUUGUGGCAACGAAAAGCUGUACGAGGCAUAUAACGAAUUGCACAGUUUGGCACAAGAUUUUCACAAACCGUUCGAUGCUCCAGCGAUUGUUGUUGUUGGACAUCAGACUGAUGGGAAGAGCGCCUUAGUGGAAGCCCUCAUGGGGUUCCAAUUUAACCAUGUUGGUGGAGGAACAAAGACUCGCCGGCCCGUUACCUUACACAUGAAGUACAACCAAUCCUGUACUGAGCCUCGCUGUUACUUGAUCACUGAGGACCGUCCACCGCGGGAGGAGGAGAAUAGCCUAGAGGAACUGCAGGCUUACAUAGAAGCGGAGAAUUUGCGGCUCGAGCGUGAAGUCUGUCAGUUUUGGGAGAAAGAAAUUAUCCUCAAGAUUGAGUACAAGUUCUGCCCAAAUUUGACGAUUAUUGACACUCCUGGCCUAAUCUCAGCAGCCCCCGGUCGAAAGCAUCAGUCCCUUCAGUCACAAGCCCAGGCUGUGGAGUCACUGGUGCGCACAAAGCUGCAGCACAAGGAGUUUAUAAUAUUGUGCCUUGAAGAUUCAAGUGAUUGGAGCAAUGCCACGACGCGGAGCAUUGUUAUGCAGGUUGAUCCAGAACUCUCUCGAACUGUCAUUGUUUCAACAAAGCUAGAUACUCGCAUUCCACAAUUCGCAUGUCGCGCAGAUGUGGAGCUUUUCUUGCGACCUUCCACGCGAUUACUCGAUGGCAACAUCUUAAGUGGAUCUCCUUUUUUUACUUCUGUUCCCUCAGGACGAGUUGGUGCUAGUCGUGAUUGUGUGUACCGCUCAAAUGAACAUUUCCGCGAGGCAGUAGCUUCACAAGAGGCAAAAGAUACUGCUGUAUUAGAGGAAAAGUUGGGCCGUCAAUUGACGAAGGAAGAGCAGGCUCAUGUUGGAGUUAGCCGUUUGAGACUGUUCCUUGAGCAAUUACUUCAGCGACAGUAUCUGGACAGCGUGCCCACUAUUGUUCCACUCCUGGAUAGAGAAUAUCGAAUUGCGUUACUUAAACUGCAACAGACAGUACAGGAGCUCAGCAAUCUGGACCAUGUGAAACUUAAAGAGAGGGGUCGUAUGUUUCGAGAUUCUUUCCUCUCCAAGCUGUCUCUACUCCUCCGAGGGACUGUUGUUGCUCCAGUUGAUAAAUUUGGUGAGUCACUGCAAGAUGAGCGUGUCCGUGCUGGAGCGUUUGUGGCUAUGGAUGGUGUACAAAUGCCGUAUAAGCAUAUGCCGAAUGCAAAUAUGCGGCUAUAUGGAGGAGCACAAUAUCACAGAGCUAUGGCGGAAUUCCGGUUUGUUGUUGGGAAUGUUAAGUGUCCUGUAAUAAGUCGUGAAGAGAUUGUAAAUGCUUGCGGGGUUGAAGACAUCCAUGAUGGCACAAACUACUUCAGGACAGCAUGUGUAAUAGCAGUAGCCAAAGCUAGAGAUGUUUUCGAACCAUUUCUGCACCAAUUGGGAACCAGGCUCUCGCAUAUAAUUCGAAGACUUCUGCCAAUCUCAUUCUUCCUCCUUCAGAAAGAUCGAGAGUUUCUGAGUGGUCACGAUAUGUUUUUGAAGCAUGUCGUAAAUGCAUUCCAUAUGUUUGUGGAUUCUACUGAACGAAGUUGUCGAGAAAAGUGCAUGGAGGAUCUAAUGAGCACCACGCGGUAUGUCACUUGGUCACUGCAUAGUAAGAAUCAGUCUGGACUUCGACAGUAUCUGAGCACCCUCAGCUCAACAAAUGAUGUGUUACCAAUCCCAACAAUUAUUACAGCAGCUGUGCCGACAGUUACGAACGAGGGACCAGCACCAGCAACCGGAAACAGCAACAAACAAGACAAUAAAACCCGGCUGGAAAAGGCGGAGUCCUUGAGUAGCGGCCAAUCGCCGCAAGCCCGACUUGUUGACCUGCUCGAGAGCACACUGUGGAACCGUCGCCUUGCGCCCACAUCUGAAGAGAUUGUGAAUGCGCUGGUGUCACAAAUUUUUGAAGGGAUCCGCGAUCAUUGUGUUGCUUCUGCUGAAAUGAAAUUCAACUGUUUUUUCUUAAUGCCCGUGGUAGACACCUUCCCAUCAUUGUUACGGGAAGACCUUGAAACUGCUUUUGAGCAAGAUAUCGACCAUGUUUUCGAUGUAACACAAGCACGACGCACUCUCUUUAAACAGAAGCAGGACUUGGAACUUGAGAUUCGUCGGGUGGAGAGGAUUCAAGAAAAAUUUGCUGGAGUUCACCAAUACCUGAAUUCUUCCCAAGUGGCGCCAGUGAAAGACAUUUCUGAAGAAUUCUCCAGUGUACAACUUCAAGAUUAGCAGAUUAUCAUCUUCUGUAUUUAUGUUUGUUAGGUCUAAGCCAACGAACGUCCUGGUCACAGCUCGGCCUCUUUCUCCAGAUUCCCUCAAAUUGUACUUAAUAGAGAGUAUGUGUGUUAGAGAUUCAAAUUGCUUGUUCUUGCUGGCUCUUGGAACCGUAGCAAUCAAUUUUUACAGGAUUAAUAUCUCCAUCCUCUUUUGUUGAGGUUUGCUGAUCAGAUCCUCAUCAGUAGAUGGAAGCUGGAGCUAGCUGUAUUUAGAGAUGUUCCAAACUGCUAUGAAGUGAUUGCAGGACUUGUCAGAGCUUUUACAUGCUCAACAGCAGAUUACACUUGUAAACUAUGGAAAUGCUUAAAGCAUUCUUCAUUAUUUUUUGGAAUCUCA